AUGACUUCCCAACAGCUGGUGAUCUGCUACAUGCAGCGGACCUUCCAGACGCAGGAAUAUGUCAGCUCCGUGAUGCAGAUGAACCCUGACGUCUUGGCAAUCGCAGCCAGGAUGGACGAGCUGAGAAAAGCAGGCCAGCUUCUCGGCCCGUUACACGGCAUCUCUUUUACCGUCAAAGACAACAUCGCAACCAAAGACAGUAUGGAGACCACGGCCGACAGCUGGGCUCUCUUGGGGAGCGUCGUUCCCCGCGAUGCCUUCGUCGUCGCGCGUCUCAGGGCGGCCGGGGCCGUCCUCUUCGGAAAGGCAACGAUGAGCGAGUGGGCGGACAUGAGAAGCACGGGGUAUUCCGAGGGCUACUCGCCGAGGGGGGGACAGGCGCGGAGCCCUUACAACCUUACCCUGAACCCAUUUGGCAGCAGUUCCGGCAGCGCCAUCGGCGUGGCUGCCAACGCGAUUGCCUUCUCUCUCGGGACCGAAACCGAUGGCAGCGUCAUCAGUCCUGCUCACAGGAACGCUGUGGUGGGCUUCAAGCCAACGGUCGGACUGGCCUCGAGAGAUGGGGUAAUCCCGGAAUGCGAGCAUCAAGACACGGUCGGCACUUUCGGACGAAUCGUGAGGGACGCCGUGUACGCGCUCUAUGCCAUCUACGGCGUAGACCCCCGAGACAACUACACGGAUGCUCAGCGCGGGAAAACUCCGUUAUCCGGAGGACAACUCAUCGACCUGAUCAAGACGGCCGGCGCACGCGUCGUCAACUACACCGUAAUAACCGACUAUGACAACAUCGUGGAGAAACGCGGGUGGGACUGGGACUGGCGCGCAAAGGAGCUCAACAGGCCGUACGAGUCCGAGUACACGGUGGUGAAGGUCGACUUCUACAACAACAUCAAGAAGUACCUCUCGGAGCUGCAGAAAACGGACAUCCGCUCGCUCGAGGACAUCAUCCGCUUCAACUACGAGAACGACGGGACCGAGGGCGGGCACCCUUACGGGCAGAACUACACCGACGCCGGCAGCGGCAGAACCUCGUACCACGGCCACCCGGCGUUCCGCACCGGGCAGAACGGCUUCCUCAUGUCCAACGCCACGCAGGGGUCCCAGGACGAGACGUACUGGCGGGCGCUCGAAUUCAUGCAGAGAACGACGCGCGGCGGGAUCGACGCGGCUUUGACCCACGACGGGACGCGGCUUUCUGGCUUGCUCGUGCCUCCGUCCGUGGGUCAGACCUACCAGGUCGCGGCGCAGGCCGGGUAUCCCAUGGUCACCAUCACGGCGGGCGUGGACCCGGUUUCGGGUAUGCCGUUCGGGCUCGGGAUCAUGCAGACGGCGUUUGCCGAGGAGGAGCUUGUCCGCUGGGCCAGCGCCAUUGAGGACUUGCAGUUGACUUCGGGCACGGAGCUAAAGAGGACGCGACCGAAGUGGUACAGAUACUUGGAGAAGCCACUCCCGAUCAGAAGGGAGUCAUAGU